AUGGAUCAUAAUCUUAUUGACUUAAAUCAAGCAGAACAGGCUGUUUCACAGAUGUCAACAACAAAUGAACAACAAGAUUAUCAAUCAAGAACAUUAGGACAACAUAAUUCUACACGAACUGUUUAUUUACCUCUAUAUCCAACAAAAUCUUUUGGUCCAAAUGAUUGUUUACUCUUAGCUAAUAUACCAGUUACUCGUCUUACACCACAGGAGAUUGCUCGUCGUCAACAUGGAGCAUACACUUCAGAUGCAAUAUUAAUGAUGAAUGAUUAUAAGUAUUCUAAUGAUGGAUUUACGUUAAUGGAACAAGAUGUUGAAGAUUUAACUGCACAUUUACUAGUAGGCAAAUCAAUCGUUACAUUUAAUGCUGAUCGACUUCGUGGUAUUUGUUAUUAUUUUCUCGCACUUCAUGGAUCAUUUCGACGAAAGGUUUUAAAGAACAGAGAUCGUACGUUAAAAAAUCCAGUUCUCAAUUCAAAACAAAUGGCUAUUUUACUUGAAUUCUAUCUACAAAUAGAUGUGGAUCUAUUCUACAUGAAAACUUGUUCGUUUCGUGGAGCUGAACCAAAAUCUAUUGUGGAAGGUCUAUUCUGUGGAAAACAUGAACCUAGAGCAAAAUAUAAAUUACUUGCAUGUGGUAAUAUAUUUUGUCGAUUAUGUCAUCCAAUAAAUCAUUCGAAGAAAAGUCAGCCAUGGCCAGUUAUUGAUUUUAAUUCAAGUUCAAUGCAUCAAUUUUUAAAUGGAUAUACAACAUAUCUAAAUUGUCCAGCCACAUGUAGUACAUCGAAUAUUAUUUAUUCGAUGACAUGUCCAUGUGGUCAUUAUGAUUAUGUUGAUUCAACUGUAGAAACAUUGAGUGAUGCUAUGACUAAUCAUCGAGAACAUGGUAAUCGAAUUAUACAUGAAGCGUUAGUUGGUAGUCGUGUAUAUCGAGCAUCACCAAUGGAUCCUACUGAAAAAGAGAAAGAAAUAGCCAAUAAAAUGCGUCUUUAUCAUCAUUCAGCUCGAUGUCCAGUUGCACUUCGUUCAUUUUUAGAUUGUAAUCCAAUCUAUUGGUGUUUUAUUCCUCAACGUUUGGGAUAUGCAUUAGCUGAAAAUGCGCUUCAUCUUCGACAUACAUCCACUAUUACUACUACUACUACUACUACUAUAGAUCCUGAACAUGAUAAUAUAAUUGCAAUGGGUACUACUGAUAAUAAUCUGCGAGUAGUUAACUAUCUUGAACAUGUACCAACACCACCAGAUUCUUAUGCAUUUUCACGUUUACAACGGCAAAAUCAACGUUUAUUUUUUCAACAAUUUGUAUCAUCUUCAAUUCAUCAACUACCUUAUUCGAAAAUAGAUUUGUAUAAGAUGGCUAUUAUUGUUGUUCUACCUCAUGAUUGUUCAACACUAUUACGAUAUAUUAUUGAAACAUUAUUUGUUCUACAUGGUGAAACUAAAUUAAAUAUGAUUUGUCCACUUGGUGGUGAUCCUUAUCAACGUUACGGUCCACCUCAUGAAUUCAUUUGGUGUAAUAACUUAGCUCAUCCAUCACUGUCAUCUCAUUCAUGUAGUAGUAGCAACAGUACAUAG